CCAUUCAUUGAGAAUCCAGGAGAUUUUAAAGCCUAAGUUAGACCACAAAGAGAACUUUCUCUUUGGGACAAGAAGAGCUCAACGUUUGCAAGGGUUUACAGGAUGCUUCAUCCGUCCUCAUCCCAGGCUUCCCAGAAGUCUAAGACUUCUCAGGUCAGCCCAGGAACUUGUCCCUGACCUCCUCCUGGCUUCUCCUCUGCAGGUGCCUGGCUGCAGCAAGCCAUGCUCUGAGCCAUGCCCAGGCCGGGACAGCCCCGCCCAUCGUCUGGGCCUCCACGCUUGGGGCCCUGGGAGAGGCCAACAGAGUUAUGCCUGGAAACGAAUGAUGAGCGCUCCCAGCCCCCACCAGGCCGUCGCACGCGGAGGCCAGACCCUAAGGACCCUGGCCAUCACGGGCCGGAGAGUAUCACCUUCAUUUCAGGCUCUGCAGAACCAGCCAACGAGCCCCCAACCUGCUGCCACCUUUGGCGCCCCUGGGGUUGGGACUGGUGUAGGGCUGCCUUCUGCUUCCGCCGCUGCAGGGAUUGCCUGCAGCGCUGUGGGGCUUGUGUGCGGGGCUGCAGCCCCUGCUUAUCUGCCGGAGACCCCAAUGAAGGGUCUGUGGAAGCGGCCUGGGCCAAGGAACACAACGGUGUGCCUCCCAGCCCGGACCGUGCACCCCCCAGCCGCCGGGAUGGCCAGAGGCUCAAGACCAGCAUGGGCAGCAGCUUCAGCUACCCUGAUGUUAAGCUCAAGGGCAUCCCGGUCUACCCCUACCGCCAUGCCACCUCCCCAGUCCCUGACGCGGACUCCUGCUGCAAGGAGCCCCUGGCAGAGCCUCCUCCCACACGGCACAGCUUGCCUAGCACCUUCACCAGCAGCCCCCGUGGCUCUGAGGAGUACUAUUCUUUCCAUGAAUCGGACCUGGACCUGCCCGAGAUGGGCAGUGGCUCCAUGUCGAGCCGGGAGAUCGACGUGCUUAUUUUCAAGAAGCUGACAGAGCUGUUCAGUGUACACCAGAUUGACGAGCUGGCUAAGUGCACGUCAGACACCGUGUUUCUGGAGAAGACCAGCAAGAUCUCAGACCUGAUCAGCAGCAUCACGCAGGACUACCACCUGGAUGAGCAAGACGCCGAGGGCCGCCUAGUGCGAGGCAUCAUCCGCAUCAGUACCCGCAAAAGCCGCUCCCGCCCACAGACCUCCGAGGGACGCUCAGCCCGCUCUACUGCCCCUGCCGCUGCCCCCGACAGUGGCCAUGAGACCAUGGUGGGCUCUGGCCUCAGCCAGGACGAACUGACAGUGCAGAUCUCCCAGGAGACAACCGCAGAUGCCAUUGCCAGGAAGCUGAGGCCAUAUGGAGCCCCAGGGUACCCAGCCAGCCAAGACUCAUCAUUCCAGGGCACGGACACAGACUCUUCAGGGGCACCCCUGCUGCAGGCGUACUGCUAACCCCUACUGGCCCAGCAGUCACAGUCCCUCUUGGAAGAAGCAUAGCCAGCGGAGAGGAACCGGGGCCUCUGUGUGGAGGCCAGACUCUGAGCCCAGAGACAGUGACCUCUCUGGCUUCUGCUUUUGUUGAAUGAUCUUAGACCACAUACAUUUCACCAGGCCAUGGUGCCUGCAUCCUUCGCUCUCCAGCUGGACUGACUCCUGGCUGGGCCUGUUUCUUCCUGUGGCCUGAAAGCAAAGCCUUGGGAAAUAGCUUCCCAGUUCCAUUCCCAUGAUACCCUAAGCAAUUACGGGAACUAAGUAGGUUGGGUUGGGGACAGCAUGGCCUCUGUGAUUCUGUGGGCAGUGCCCACUUGCUAUAGUGAUAAGCAGUUCAUAUUGGUUCUUGGCUAUUCUAUAUAACAUGACCCUAGUUGCAAGUACAUACACCUGCCUGGUCAUCAGAGUUACAUAGUCCACCCUGUGCUGUCUGCUGAUUGGUGCUUUGCAUAGGACACAGGCACCUAAUCUGGCUCAGCAUUGUGGAAUACAAGGGCAAGGUAGAAGCAAGAGAGACUAGCUUUAGAAGAUAAAGAGCCAUCUGCAGAGUCCUGGACUGGUCAGUGACCCCUCUGACCUUUUGCUACUGCUAACACAGCACUGGUUUUCACCUAAUCCCACUCUUACUGGCAACCUGAGGGGGCCUGGUGUUUAAAGACUUCCUUGUAGCUAGCAACGGGCACCAAACCUAGGAGCCAGGCUACCUGAAGCAGAAGCAGGUUUCCCUUGUUUAGGCACCGGAGCUAACUUUGUCCAGGGCCCUUAGCUGUUCUUUACAGGUUGCUGGGUCUUGUACAGACCCACAGUCACAGCUACAAGUACAGAGCCCACUAGUAAGUCUGAAGUCAGCCUGGGCAGUUCUUCAACCCAUUAGCACAAAGACAGACCCCACCUUAAAAGUCUUAGGUAGCCCAGUGACCACAGACUACCCAGGGCAGCCCUUGUUUACUGUCUCUGGGCACCCUCUGGGAAGUGGUUAACUACUAUUUAUCUAGUUUCCUAAUGGAUACAACAGCCAUCCCCUGGGGCUGUGACCACAGGACCCAGGUAGAGCUACAGCAAUCAAAUUGGCCUCUUCUCUUGGGUACUGUUGAAUUAUCCGGAACUAGGCAUGAAUAAAAUAACCAGGUGGUGUGUCCAUAGUGCUGCCUAACAUGUGUGGGCUCCUACAUUGAUUUCCAGCACUG